AUGUUCGUUUCGCGUUGUUGCCUGUUCACGUUCGUCCUGGUUGUUGUAUCCGGCGCUCCAAGGAGAUCACCUAGAUCGACCGUGCCGGUCUGGCAUUCGCCGUGCGGCGAUGAAAGCGAAACGGAAGCCGCGGCGUUCACGAAUCUCAACGAGGAAGUGGAAACUAGUCUGAAAAGUCUGAAGCUACAGCACAAAAUGACGAUGGACGAAUACUUGAAUCGGGACUACGAUUACCUGUACGAAAGGGUACGGAUCGGUGUUCACGAGCAUCAGUACAUCCCCAACUGGAUCCCAGGCAAGAAAGAUGUGAACAUGAUCAAGAGGCUGGUCAACGCCAAGCCGCAAAUGGUAAGUUUAUCCCGUAUCGCUAACCACUUCCCCAAGUUACACGUGGACCUGCAGAAAUUCGCUGUUGCGUUCGAGGAACUGGUGGAGGACGAGACGAACUCGAGGAUCCACGAUGCUCUGAAACUGACGCAAUCCUAUUUAAUGAUGAUGCUGUGCGAGGUUGAAAGCCAUAUCGUUACUCUGCCAUCCCUUCGAAUUCCAUUGCGAGUAGAAAGGAGCAUCAUGAGCAGCACGGAAAGGGAACCCAUCGAUGACACCAGAAGACUCGUCCGCGACUGGGGCGUGCUUCUCAAGUACAGGGACUAUCUGCACGCCUGGAGGCACGUUUUUAAUUACUAG